GUGACAUUUUGGCAAUUACUGAACUUCCACUUCUACAAUAAAAUCAAAUAUCGAACAUUUAAAAUUAUUAAUUCUAUUACAUUUUAUUGUUAAUAUUUAUUAUAACUUGUAGAACUAUAUCAAAAUGGCAUUUUCUAUGUUUCUUCGCAGUUCAGCAUGCAGAAGUCCAGUAUUCAAUCAACAAAUGAUGCGUUUUGCAACACAACCAAUACUGAAGGAGCGUAGCAUUGUCAGCACACUGCCCAUCAAGAGUCUCACCCUUACACAGGCCAAGAGCACGCCUAUAUUGAAUUCUGUGCGUUCAUUCCGCACAUCCCUCGUUCGACUCUCCCAGGAGAAAGCUCACGACCACUCUAAACUAUGGGUAGUGGAGAAGCUGACAUCUGUGCUACUAGUGCCACUGGUUCCGCUCGGUCUCCUCAUGCCAAACAAGCUGUUUGAUUCAGUACUGGCCAUUCUUAUUACAGCACAUAGUUUCUGGGGCCUGGAAGCGAUCGUUGUUGAUUACGUCCGCGCCAGCAUCUUCGGGCCAGUUAUCCCCAAAAUUGCCAUUGGGCUUGUAUACCUGAUCUCUAUCGCGACACUCGGCGGACUCUUCUACGUCAUCAGCCAUGAUAUUGGUAUCGCCAACUCCUUUAGACAACUAUGGGCUAUCAAAUCUGACAGUAACAAGGCGUAAACUCAUGUUAGUGUAUUGUUAUGUCACGGUUUAAAACUACAAGUUUAAGAUCAAUAUUGUACGGUAAAGUGAAUUUUUCUACAAGGAAUUGUGAUACUAAAAUGCAGUUAUUAGACUUUCAAAAAUACACUUUAAGUAAUUACAAUAGAUUCGGUUUAACAUUAAAUCGUGACGUAACACAGUAUAGCUUGUAAGAUUUGGAUAUUGGCGCCCAUCGAUUUAUACAUAGUAUUACUGUAAUUUCAUUUGUAAUUAUCAAUUUGCAUAAUAAAAAUGUGCCAUUCCCAUGUAAAGUGGCCAAUAUCCAAAUUGUUGCCAGAUUUUUGAUAACUACUAAAGUGGUACAAAAUGUAUUGCCUGUGGUAUUGUAAAUUAUAGCUAUGUAAAUGUAUAUUUUGCAGUAAUUUAAUAAAAUACAUUAAUACGUAAUAAUGAGUUGUAGCACUAUGUUUUCAAGGCUUAUGAUAAUGUCAGAAAUAGCUCAUGUAUACAUUUAUAAUCUAAAUUGCGUUUUUUAAAGCCACGUGGCGCGAGAAUGUAUGUAAUUUUCUAUGCAAAUUUCCUACAAUUUAUUAUACGUUGCAAAUUGACGUUUAACUUAUCAGCGAAAAAUUACAAAAAUCUGGCAACAUUAUCGAGGACAAUAUCAGCUAAUAAGUUGUAAACAUUAAAUCACGGGGAACUGUCGUUGUAUCGAAAGUUUUUUAUAUUUCGAUGUGAGAAUAUUUAGAUUACGCAAGCAAAUGAAUCUUUGAUGCGAAUUAUUUAUUGAUAGAUUAAUAAAAUAAUUUCUGUUGAUAA